AUGGCGAAUGACAAAGAAAAGCCCGAAGCGAACAGUUCUCGACAGACCUUUGAAUACCACAACAUGGUAAAAACACUCAAAGCCAAUAAUCCUGUCGGAACUGCUUCUGCGAAAGUAUUAUACGUUUUAUGUAAAACCGAAGCCGAGUACAAGGUGAAAUGUGGAAUCCCUCUCAAAACGCAAGAUAUCCUCGAUUGUAAGCGCGCUGCUGCAUUCGCCGGAAAGGAUGGUGCGAUUUUUGAUGAACUGUUUCGGAAGAGUUAUUUGCAGGAGUGCAGGGAGCGAGCAAGAGGAUCUACUUCAUCACCGGCUGGAAAUGACGACGGCACUGAACAUGACUAUGAAAUCUACGCGAGAAGUCUUCCGAUCAACCCUCUUUCUUUUAUCGGGCAAGCAAUUGCCGACCAAAUGAAAAAGUUGGAAGAAGAUGAAAAUGCAAAGAAGGAUCAGUCAUCAGAAUGA